UUCGAUCAUGCUGGGGGUGGCUUUCUAUUUCUUGACGCGGUUGCUGAUGGAGCCGUUUGUUGUUGGGGCCUCUACUAACUUGUGAAGUGCUGGCUUUCUCAGAUUCACGCAGGGACACUGGUCUGAUUCUUAUAGCUCAAUAACUGGCACAGCAGAGAGAGAAGAAUGGGCAUAAUGUGCUACUUUGUCAGUUUGUACUGCGUGUGCAUGUUAAUGCUGAGAGGCACAAUUGUGAAGAAAUGAUAUGUUCAAAUAAUUUAUGAGCAUCCUUUGCUCAUUCCAAUGGCAAGUACCGCAAAAAGACAAAUAAUGAGAGAACGCAGAAAUGCAGACAGAAUGCAAGAUGAUUGCAAACGUAUGUGUGCGUGCGUGGAUGCACACAUGUAUCAGUAAUUCUUAUUAGAGAAAAAUAUCUACCAGUUGCACUCACAAUUUUAAUUUGCAGGGAAGAGAAGUUCUAGAAAGCAUAUAUCCUGAAAUAAAAAUAUGGUGUGGCCAUACAUUAUGAUGAUAUGUUUCCGUAACUAUGACGAUUUCCUUGCUCGUAAGCAUUAAUUGGGAACGCAUAUUCGACACGCUAUGACACUUUGAUUCAAAGGGUAACUACUACCUGGUAGUGUCUAUUAUGUGGGAGAGAGGAUCAAGUCCUGAUCCAUGUGAUCCUUUCUAAAAGUAAAGGUUACAAAGUUGCUGACUUUUGUAAAAAGGAGAAGGGGGGCAAUGAGUCAGCGAGUUAGCUGAUGAUAGGUGAAAAGCCUCAAUAAUUAAACUCUCCUUCAAGUCUACCUAUAUAUAAGCACUUACAUGAUGAGUGAAGACAAUUGCAGGAAAAGGCAAGCUUUGCUAGCUAGAGAAGAAAAUAUCUAUCAAGUCUUGGUAGUCAUGGGAAGGCCACCUUGCUGUGAUAAGGUUGGAAUCAAGAAAGGGCCUUGGACUCCUGAAGAAGACAUCAUACUUGUUUCCUACAUUCAGCAGCAUGGACCUGGCAACUGGAGAUCUGUUCCUACUAACACUGGUUUGCUGAGAUGUAGCAAGAGCUGCAGGCUGAGAUGGACCAACUACUUGAGGCCGGGGAUCAAACGUGGGAACUUCACUGCACAUGAAGAAGGAAUGAUCAUCCAUCUCCAAGCCAUGCUGGGUAACAGGUGGGCAGCUAUAGCCUCAUACCUUCCCCAGAGAACAGACAAUGAUAUCAAGAACUACUGGAACACCCACCUCAAGAAGAAGAUCAAAAUGUUGUCUCCAUCAAAGGAUGCCUACAUUUCUUCAUCCGAUACUGAUAUCUUGAAACCAGAGAUUCCAGAAGCUACUUCAACAACCCGAAGCACUACUUAUGCUUCAAGCACGGAGAAUAUCUCAAGACUUCUUGAAGGGUGGAUGCGAUCCUCAUCACCAAACGCUAACACCACCAUCAACAACAGCAGCAACAUUCAGAUGACAGUGAAAGAAAAUGAGGUCAGAGACAACGAGAAAGAACUCGAGUCACUUAUUUUGUUUGAGAACCUUAGCAACACUGUUAAUUGGGACAAACUCACGACUGAAUCAGAUAGUGAGGUGAAGAACGAGCAACCUCCAUUGUUCUUUCUGGAGAAAUGGCUGCUUGACGAGGCGUCCGGGCACGUUGAUGAGCUAGUGGAUGUUUCAAAUACAGCAAUGCUCAUCUAAAUGUCCUUAAAAUGCUCCGAGUAUGGGAAGGGAAAAAAAAAAUUAAAUGUAUGGCUUGUUAUAUAACAAUAUAUGCAUGAAAAGGAUGAACAUACUGUGAGAUUUGGCUCUCAAGUGUAAGAAAUAAUAUAUGAGCAAAUUCUCAUGGAAUAUUAUUGAAUAAAUAGUUGGGAGGAAUGAAAAGUAAAAUUUCAGUCA